UUUAUUUCGAAAUAAGUAGACGUGGACGUGUCAAAAUUGCAGAAUCAGAGUAGCGGUGGAAUGAAGGGCUUUGUGCACCAGUCAUCUGCAAUCCAUUAACGGUUGCUCACCUCUCUCUCUUCUACCAGAAGAUGGCAGGGAUGGCAUCUCUUCCACAUGGAAAUACUGCAAAUUGUAGCUUACUAUGUGAAAGGGGACCUGUUUCGUUUAUGGGUAUCUCAGCUCUUCCAUUGACACAACUGAGGGUCAGAGCUUUUGAUGGUUCGGUGAGAGGUAGAGCUAUAACUCACAGCUUAUGUAGAAAGGAGACAUCCCCUUUCUGGGGUAAAGGUUCCGACAGAAUCCACAACAUGAUGUCAAAAAAGGUGGUCAUUAACAUCCCCAGAAAUAGCAAUUCUUCGAAUUCUAAUGGGGAAGAAGACAACUCCCCUGAUAAGGCCAAGCAGCAAAAGUCUUUUGGAUACUCGAGGAAGGAUGUUAUAUUGAUUGGAGUUGGAGUAACUGUUCUAGGUGUUGGCUUGAAAAGUGGAUUAGAGUUUGUUGGAGUCGAUCCUUUACAAGCAGGGAAUGUCGUUCAACUGGUAUUGGUGUUGGGUCUUACAAUCGGAUGGAUUUCUACUUAUAUUUUUCGAGUUUCAAAUAAGGAAAUGACAUAUGCACAGCAAUUACGUGACUAUGAAAGCGCAGUCAUGGAGAAGAGAUUAGAAGGCCUAACUGAAGCAGAACUAGAAGCGUUGCUUGAACAAGUUGAUGAGGAGAAGAGGCGCCUUGGCGAGAAAGUAAAUUAAAGCCUUAAAAGGACUUGUAUAGAGAGAGUAGUGAGCUUACAGAUAUAUUUUGAAAGUUUCCCUCAAUUGUAUUUUGAUAAAAGAUCACACAGGCAAAGCAAUGGGUAAUGUCGUAUUCUCUUCA